AUGGGUGGCAACGAGGAUUCCAACAAUAAGGGCGAUUCUCCAUUCGAAUCAUCGGCAUCACAACCCUUUCUAUCGAAACCCUCGUACCCUUCUUCGACAUCUUCGGCAGUGGAAGAAGAAUCCGAGUCAAACCAGCAAUACCAUCACAUCACUUACAAUUCAGGUCCUCGCUCCUUCAAGGACCUCCCUUUCCUCAUCCUCUUCCUUCUCUUCAUCAUCUCCACCUUCGCCUUCGGCAUCUUCGCCGUCUUCCACCGAAACACCAACUACACCUCUCUCUCAUCUUUCUCCUACGACCCCACCUCCUCCUCCUGCGUCCUAAACCCUUCUUCCUCUUCUUCCUCCCUUUCCAACUUGCUUUUCCUCGAUUCUUCCUCGCACUUGGUCAAGGGUCUCAUAUGGACCCUCGUCAUCACCUUCGUUCUCAGCAUCCCCUUGUGCUGGGCUAUGCUUCUCUUACUCAAACAUUACACCAAACAGAUUGUCUACGCUGCGAUUCCCUUCUUCAUCGCCAUCCCAAUUUUCCUCAACGUCUAUUGGUUCGUCGCAUGCAUUCUCGGUGCGACUUGCAGUUCUGCCUUCCCCCUCGCGUACCGGAUUCUCGUCAUGGUCUUUGUCUUCUUGGUGAUUGGGGUCCUCGUGUGGAUCUUGGUCGUGAAUUGGCAUCGCGUGGAGCUCACUGUCAGCAUAAUUGGGGUCGCUUCCCAUGCACUUUCCAGGAAUUUGAACUUGUUCGGGGUGCUGCCUUGUUUGAUUGUUGGGCUUGUCGUGUAUUACGUUCCAAUAGUGAUUUUCAUGGUGUUUGCGAGGUUUAAUGGGCAGAUUGUGGUGAAGAAUUUGGAGCGCGGAUAUGCUUGUGUGUGGAAGGAAGAUUCAUGGGUUCCCGCUUAUUUUGCUUUAGCUAUUCUCACCAUGUUGUGGUCUGCGUCAGCUAUGGUCGAAGCUCAAGUUUAUGUCAUCAGUGGCACCAUUGCUAAUUGGUAUUUCUCCAAGGAUCAUCAAACUCCUAAGCGGAGUAUUCGAACUUCUCUCAGAAAUGCUUUUGGUCCUUCUUCUGGUACGAUAUGCUUGUCGGGAUUGCUUAUCUUUGUUGUUCGAAUGGUGCGUUCUGCGGUUGAUAGUGCAAGACAAGAGGAUAUUCCCGGGAUAGUGAACCUUGUACUGCGAUGCUGUGUGAAUGCCUUACUGACAGCAGUUGAUUUUCUCAACAAGUUCACCAUAAACUUUGCUGCGAUAACUGGUGAAGCCUACUGCUCUUCUGCAAGGAUGACGUAUGAACUUCUAAGACGCAAUCUUCUCUCUGCUGUUUUUGUGGAGACCAUCUCAUCUCGCAUUCUGGCUGGGAUUGUUUUUGUCUUUUCUGCAACAUACACAAUAGUGGCCUGUGCUAUCUUAAAAGCUGGUACCAAUCUUGGGGCUGAUUCAUAUUUUGUGGCUGCGAUGGCAUGGGUGCUACUGAUAGUAGUGCUGGGUUACCUCGUGCAUGUGCUAGACAAUGUAAUCGAAACAAUUUACAUCUGCUAUGCUAUAGACCGGGAUAGAGGAGAGGUUUGUAAACAAGAAGUUCAUGAGGUUUACGUUCACCUACCCAUAAGUAGAAGUCUCAGACAGUCUGUUCCCACAAGAACACUAGGUGUGUAA